CGAUGGUAUACGAUAUCAAGUGGAUCAUACCGAAACUACGGAACCCGUCCCGGUUAUGGAACAUUGCGAGCAGCAUAACCUUCGCGGCGGUGGGCAUUUUUUCGAAAAUCAUCAUAGUAUGAAAUAUAAUUAUACGAUGAUAUAUAAUCGUAUACACAUACAUAUGCAUAUAAUUAAAAGCUAUGAAGCUAUGAAACAAAGGAAAUAAAGCAGUGGAAUCAUUUUUCAAGGAUGUUUGCGAUUACCAUUUCUGCGUAGACUAAAUCCAAUUAAUGUACGCGCCAAAUAUUUCGAAUCAACAUCGAAGUACUCUUGAUUUUGAAGAUUAAAAUGCGACGAUUGAAUCUGAUUUUUUUUUUGACGAAUCUGAUUUUUUGUUAUGUCAGGCAUCUCGUGGCCCGAAACCAAGAAUGGCUGAACAAAACGACGGUGUACAACAAGCACAUUAUCGUGCGCGCCUUAGACCUCCGGCCGAAAAACGUUCCGCUCAUUACCGUGUCGAAUCAUCACAGUUGCUUCGACGAUCCGGGGAUAUGGGCGACCCUGGACAUCCGGCACGGGUUUAAUCGACGUAAGAUAAGAUGGUCGCUCGCCGCCCAGGACAUUUGUUUCACGAAUGUCUGGCAUUCCUACUUUUUCAUGCUCGGCAAGUGCAUACCCGUCGUCAGAGGUGACGGCGUGUAUCAGGAAGCCAUGGACUUCUGCAUCGAAAAGUUGACCAGUGGCGAGUGGGUACACGUCUUCCCCGAAGGAAAAGUCAAUAUGUUUAAGGAAGAGAUGAGGUUGAAAUGGGGCGUGGGUAGAUUAAUAUUAGAAUCGCCCGUCACGCCUAUCGUAAUUCCUAUUUACCAUCUCGGUAUGGAUGACAUACUUCCCAACGAGCCGCCCUAUAUGUUUAGAACGGGAAAGAAAGUUACCAUGAAUUACGGAGAGCCCAUAGAUUUUAGUGGAAUGCUGGCAGAUUUGCGGGCGUCAAAAGCGAGCGAGAUGGAAGCACGGAAAGCGAUAACUGAUCGCAUUCAAGAAGAACUUAUAAGAUAUUUAAACAUUUUCAGAUUGAAGGCAGUAACAGAAAAACUUCAUACAAAAUUAUGACGAAGAUGAUGUUUUUUUUCCGUCAUCCUACUGUCUAGCCUUAUUUGCCAAAAAUAUAAAGAGACAUGAUUGAUUGAGUGAUCAAAAGUGAGUUUGUAUGCACAAUCUGUAUGAAAUCAGUUUCCUUUUUAAAAUUAUAUUCAUAUUGUAAGUAGUAUUUUCCUGACAAUAUCGAUUAUUAGUUAAUGUAAGUAUCAAUUGUAUAAGUCAUUCUGCGACGUUUUCGUCGUCUUUAGUUAUUCCUUUCGUAACUCUCCGAAAGCUUUGAAACAUAUAUAAAGAAUGUAUCCAAAGUUGUGUAUUUGCUUCCAAUUAUACAUCUGAUAAAUAUGAGUUUAAUUAUCCUUUAAUAGAAAGUCUCAAACAACUCAAUUUUUCAUUAUUAAAUAGAUUUAUAUUAAUAAGAGUGAAUUUCUUUCUCUCUCUCUCUCUUUUUUAUUUAUAAUUUUUAUUAGUUUCAUUGAAACUUAAAAUCUUUAAUUUUAAGAUCACAUAUCGCACUCCUAGAAAAAUACUGUCACAACUCAAAAAAUACAAAUUUUUCAUUUGCAAAAUCAAAUUAAAAAAAUGACGAUCUUCUAUCCUGUAGCAAUUGACUUCGCAAACAGACGUGUGAUGUUAUUCCUCCACGAAGGUAUUGUUUCAGGCAUCCUUGUUAUGGGUUUAAUUUGAAAUGCGAAUUUUUUAAAUUGUGAUAUUGUUUUUCUAAAAGUAUGAUAUAACUGAACAUGAAAAUUUUAUUAAUGGGAAGAUUGCAACUUUGUCAAAUGUUUAUAACUAACAAUAAGAAAAUGUGUGUAAACUUGAUACAUGCUGCUAUAUAUUCCUUUGGAGAGUUACAUAUAUAUUUCUUGAAUAUUUUAUCGUCAUUAUAAUAAUUUAUAUAUACAGAGUUAAAUUUCAAACAUAAUAGGCCGAAUAUUUCGAUAACUAAAUAUCGAAAUCCGGUUUUUUUUAGGUUGUAUUAUUUCGAGGUAGACAAAUUUUGAUAAAAAAAAUUUGACUGGAUGGAUGCAUUAAAGCAAAAUAGACCUCGAUAUUUUAUUUAGUUAUCGACAUAUUCGGCCUAUUACAUUUGAAAUUUAGC